AUGGCGGAGCAGACCUACUCGUGGGCCUAUUCCCUGGUGGAUUCCAGUCAAGUGUCUACAUUUCUGAUUUCAAUUCUCCUGAUAGUCUACGGUAGUUUCAGGUCCCUUAAUAUGGACUUUGAAAAUCAAGAUAAAGAGAAAGACAGUAACAGUUCUUCGGGUUCUUUCAGUGGCAACAGCAGCAAUAAUAGUAUCCAAACUAUUGACUCUACCCAGGCCCUGUUCCUUCCAAUCGGAGCAUCUGUCUCUCUCCUAGUUAUGUUCUUCUUCUUUGACUCAGUUCAAGUAGUCUUUACAAUAUGUACAGCAGUUCUUGCAACGAUAGCUUUUGCUUUUCUUCUUCUCCCGAUGUGCCAGUAUUUAACAAGACCCUGUUCACCUCAGAACAAGAUUUCCUUCGGUUGCUGUGGGCGUUUCACUGCUGCUGAGCUCCUGUCCUUCUCUCUGUCUGUCAUGCUGGUCCUCAUCUGGGUUCUCACUGGCCACUGGCUUCUCAUGGACGCCCUGGCCAUGGGCCUCUGUGUCGCCAUGAUCGCCUUCGUCCGCCUGCCCAGCCUCAAGGUCUCCUGCCUGCUGCUCUCAGGGCUCCUGAUCUAUGAUGUCUUUUGGGUGUUUUUCUCCGCCUACAUCUUCAAUAGCAACGUCAUGGUGAAGGUGGCCACCCAGCCGGCUGACAAUCCCCUCGAUGUGCUUUCCCGGAAGCUGCACUUGGGGCCCAAUGUUGGGCGUGACGUUCCUCGCCUGUCUCUGCCUGGAAAGCUGGUUUUCCCCAGCUCCACUGGCAGCCACUUCUCUAUGCUGGGCAUCGGAGACAUUGUGAUGCCCGGACUCCUGUUGUGCUUUGUCCUUCGCUAUGACAACUACAAAAAGCAAGCCAACGGUGACUCCUGCGGCGCCUCUGGACCUGCCAACAUCUCUGGGCGCAUGCAGAAGGUCUCCUACUUUCACUGCACCCUCAUCGGAUACUUUGUAGGUCUGCUCACUGCUACUGUGGCCUCUCGCAUCCACCGAGCAGCGCAGCCCGCCCUCCUCUAUCUGGUGCCAUUUACCUUGUUGCCACUCCUCACGAUGGCCUACUUAAAGGGCGACCUGCGGCGCAUGUGGUCUGAGCCGUUCCACUCCAAAGCCAGCAGCUCCCGCUUCCUGGAGGUAUGA